GGACCGCGAGACCAGCGGCCAGGUGGCGCUCAAGCGAUUGAAGGUCAGCGCUGGUCAGGACGGCGUGCCCGCGAGCGUCUUCCGCGAGGUCUCGCUGCUGCGCGAUCUCGUCCACCCGAACAUCGUGCAGCUCAAGGAUCUGCAGAUCGUCGGCCUCAACGGGGUCGAGCUGAUCUUCGAGUGCAUCAAGGACGACCUGCACCAGGUUUUGAAGGGCCACUGGAGGGAGGGCACCCAGCUGCCCAUGGAGAAGGUCGUGCGGUAUUCACAAGAUCUCCUCCACGGAAUCCACGCGUGCCACGUGCGCAUGGUGAUCCAUCGUGACCUCAAGCCGCAGAACGUCCUCAUCCACCCCGUGGACGGCCUCAAGAUCUGCGACUUUGGCAUGGCCCGCCUCGCCUCGCUCACCGUCACGAGCUACACCCGGGAGGUCGUCACCCUGUGGUAUCGUGGCCCAGAGUUGCUGCUGGGGCAUCCCACCUACGACCUGCCGGUGGACAUGUGGUCUGCGGGGUGCAUCCUUGCCGAGAUCGCCACUGCCCAGAGGGUCCACAACAACUUGUCCUACACCCAGAAAACGAUGCAGGCCGCUCUCACGGGCAUUGCGAGCAAUGUCAAGGGCCUGGCCAAGAAGGAUCACGAGAGUUGGUCAGAGGAGAUGGCCAAGCGUGUACGUACACUGUGCAGGCACACGGCCAACUACGGCUACAAGUCCAAGCCACCGCAGUGGUUCGUCGAUCUCGGCAUCUACGAGGACGUCGAGGACAGCGGCGACUCCGACGACGAUGAGGAUAAGGUCGAUGUCGAUGGCAAGGCCGACGCCGAGAUGUCGUACGAGUACGGGUUCGACAGGGAGCUGCAGAUCGUGUGGCGCAGGAUUCCUAAGAAGAAGGGUGCGAAGCCUUCUGCGCUCGACAUCGCAUCUAACAUGAUCAUUCCUGACAAGGCUCGGAGGACCGACGCGAUGAUAGCGGAGUGGGAAGACGGGUCACGAAAGGAAAUGCCUCAAGUCACAGUGGGACUAUGGAGGAAUAUGCAAAGUGACAGUCUUUCGGAUUCGAGUGCCAGCAAGGAGGUCGACAAGGCUGCGCCUGCCGAGAAGCCUGAGGAUAUGAGCAAGAAGGUCGACAAGGCCGAGCCUGCCGAGAAGCCUGAGGAGACGCCCGCCAGCCAGAAAGCCAAGCGGAAGUCAGAGGAUAACAACGGCGAGGAGGACGACGACAGCGUGAAAGUGCCUGAGCCUAAGAAGAAACGCUGGACUGCUCCACACUUCAAGGACCCAGACGGCAGAGACGUGACUGUCAAGUUCCGCAACGAUGGGCCAGCUGGUGGGACCAAGAAGAAGCUGUGCGUUGUCCAGGUUCAGGGGGCUACAUUCCUCACGGUCGACGUGAAGUACUGGGGCGAGCCGUUCAGCGAGCAGGCGCAGACCAAGUGCGCCGACUUCAUGAUCACGCAGGCGAAGUUCGUGGCCGAGGGCGGUUACACGAAGGAGGAGGCAGAACAGGCGAAGGCCGAUGUCUACGAGACUUUGAAGGUGGCGGCCCACAUGCGAGAUCUGGAGGACAAGUCCGCGGCCAUGCCGAUCGAGAACCAAGGGCGCGCUCACCGCACCACGGGCGCGAGGAGCAAGCAGACGGUCGAUAUCGACAAAACCGUCAUCGAGGAGCACGGCGUCCCGAAGCCCGUCAGCAAGCCCAAGGCCAAGCCCAAGGGCAAGGUCAGCGUCGAGGGGGGCGCCGACGGGGGCAAGAGCGACCUGGCCAGCAGCUCCAACGCGUCUUCUGCCGCCACCACGGGCACGCAGCAGCUCGCGCCGAGCACCCCCCUGGAGAAGAUCAGGACGACCCCUGCGACUCCGCAGGCGUCCGAGGAGUGCCCUCGCAGUGGUGCUCGCCUUGCUGCCGCGCAGCCCUUGCAGAACACGCUGACUGCGUGCAUAGCUCAGCGCCCUCGCUGGGGCCGUCGCAGCUUCUCUCCGUUGCCCGCGAACGAGCCCAACACUCAGGAUGCUGCAGGUGCAACUCUCGAGGAGCAGCAGAUUGAGGCGGGUCACACGCUGCCCGGGAAUGACGACGUCGCAGCCGAGUUCGCACGUGGUGGCGAUUAUAUCUUUGAUACGCGUCAUGGUUACAUUCGUGCAGAUGCGCUGGUACCAGCUGGCACGCAGCCCCAGGAUGUCACGAUCGAGGUGCAGGACUCGCCGCCGCAGGACGCCGCGCUCGCGUCCCAGGAGCCUCAGCCGCUGCAGCAGGCCAGCCUUGACGAUUCGCAGCGGUUGGGCUUGCAGCUUGUGGGGGCAUCGGCACAAGGCUUGCGGCUCGGAGCAGAGUUGGCAGCUGGCACUGGUGGUACUGAUGACUUGGAGGUCAUGCUGGAGAGCAUGGUAUCGGGCUCAGGCGCGUCGCCGGGCGCGGGCCCAGAGGCCUUGCCAAGCGCGGCCACGGACGGCACCGAGAACAUGGACGAGGUGUUGGUCAAGGCGUUCCUGGAGUCGGGCCUGGCGGAGGCCGAACCCGAGGUGCAGGAGCAGGACAUCCCGCCCCACAUCCUGAAGGAGCUCGAGGACACCUACGACCCGAACCUGGAGGCCGCCGUCAAGCCAGGCGGCAAGACGGACGCCAACUCGCCGCUGGGGAAGCGGUACAGACUGUGCCUCGGGUACUUGGCCAAGAAGCUUGAGGAGAAGGCCAAGUACGACGCGGCCACGAAGACCGAGAAGGGUGACAUGUGCAGGAGGUGGAUCUUCGAUAAGUUCCAGAAGUACAAGGACAUUGAGGAAGGUGAGUGGCUCAACAUCGACGCCAUCGUGGCGGCAGAAGGCGGACACCACAGCGUGGCAGUCCGCCGAGGCAGUCUCAACAUAGCGUUGGACUGCAUCAGGAAGGGGAAGAAGCACGUGCGCAGGAACAGGCGCUCCAAGAGGUUGGAGUUCCGGUACCAGCGCGACAAGGACAGGAAGGCGUUCCGCAAGACCUGGCAGUGCCGCCAGCGUCAGAUCCACACUCCAUCUACAGCACCGCCGACCCAGCCCGCGGAGACGCCAGACAAGACAUCCAAGGAGGACGCUCCUGCAACCUCUGCAGGGGUGUCGCCGUCGCCAGAGGGCAAGUCCGAUGCGCCAGAGGCUGCGGCCGAGGAGAACGGCUGGACAGCAGCAUCGGCGGCGGCGACUCCGACGUCUCCCGCGGCUGUCCCCAAGCUGAAGGCGAAGGGCCAGCCGAAGGGCCAGCCGAAGGGCAAGGCGAAGGGCAAUGCGAAGGGCAAGGCCCAGGCCGUCAGGGGCGGGAAGGUCGUCGACCUCACCUUGAAGAGCGUGAACGCGAAGGUGGUGGACACGGCGAGGCUCUGCGGCGCUUCGUUGACCCAGGCACGCUCGCUGCUGCAGAAGAUCGAACAGAACGAGGGCGACGAAUGCAAGAUGUUCAAGGACAACGAGAAGUUUGAUGGCGCCUUGAAGCGGUGCCGCGACGCUUUGUCCGUGAAGCUGAACAAGAAGCCAGGCUGGUCCGAGGCGGUGUUCGACGGGGCCGAUUUCAGCCUGGACUCGUCUUCCGACCUCGCCGCGAUCUCCGCCACGUGCGAGAACUUUCAGGCUGACUGCGAGGAGAUCCAGCGGAAGUGCAAGAAGAUCCGCAGCCUGCGCGAGCUGCAGAACGACAGCGAGGGGAACGCCAGCGAGUAG